AUGUCCGACCCAUCUCUCAAAGUCAUCGCACUGAUAUCAGGCGGCAAAGACAGUUUCUUUUCCCUGCUGCACUGUCUUCAUCAUGGGCACCAAGUCAUUGCUUUAGCCAAUCUUUAUCCAGCUCUUUCAGCCUCGAAAGAAAAUGUUGGUGCUGGUACCACCCAGGGCCAGGCAGACGCCAACGAGGAGCAUGACCUGAACAGCUUCAUGUACCAGACGGUUGGCCAUACGGUCAUUCCAUUGUACGAGCAAGCUCUGGGCAUUCCCUUGUAUCGUCAGCCUAUCGUUGGGACGGCCGUCCAGAGUGGUGCUAGUUACCAUCAUGUUGCGUCUGUGGAGGAGGAUGAGACAGAAUCGUUGGUGCCACUCUUGAAGAGGAUACUGCAAGAUCAUCCAACCGCCAAUGCAGUUAGCACUGGAGCUAUUCUAUCUACCUACCAAAGGACACGAGUUGAGUCCGCCGCUCUGCGACUAGGUCUUACCCCACUUGGCUUUCUGUGGAAGUAUCCCAUUCUCCCUCCUGGUACACAGGCGUCCCUGCUGGAGGAUAUGCAAGCCGUCAGCCUUGAUGCUAGGAUUAUCAAGGUUGCAAGUGGUGGGCUUGAUGACAGUUUUCUUUGGAACAAUGUUGCGAGUUUGUCAGACAGGAUGCGAAUUGAGAGAGCCAUAAAGAGAUUUGGUUCCGAUGGAGAUGGUGCAGUAUUGGGAGAAGGGGGAGAAUUCGAGACUCUGGUGAUCGAUGGACCACCGAGUCUCUUCAAAGGCAGGAUAGAAAUCUCCGAUGACAACCGGGUCAUUGUACGAGAAGGAGGAGGUGCAGCCUGGCUCCAAAUAUCAGAGGCUAAGGUCAUUAUGAAAGACCGUGUUGAUAGUUCAGCAACGAUACCUCGAAUACCAGAUCUGCUUGAUUCAAAAUUCCGCACAAUCCUUGAAUCUCUCGAUGGUGGCCAUGAAUCAAUUGACACCCAUUCAGGAUCAAGUGGAGAAAAUCCUAAGAAGCCAAUGUCAAGAGUAGAUCCCGACAUCUUAUAUUGGACUGUCUCCCCCAAUCAAAGCACGACAGUACUUUCAGUUUCUGAUCAGACCAGCGACGUGGUUCUACAAGUACAACGCCUUCUGGAACAGAACAACCUCACAGCAAUAUCAAUAACAUGCACCACUAUUCUCCUCCGCUCUAUGAACGAUUUUGCCACGAUCAACCAAGUCUAUAGCAAGCUCUUCAGCGCACCCAACCCGCCAUCUCGUGUCACAAUCUCGGUUGGCGAUCUCCUUCCAAAAGACACUGACUUGAUCAUCCACCUUCAAAUCGCAUCUUCCUCAUCCCCAGCUACUCCACGGAAAGCCCUACAUGUCCAAUCCCGCUCUUACUGGGCACCUGCGAACAUAGGCCCCUAUUCACAAGCCAUCUCCAUCCCCUUAUCGCAAGACAACGAUUGCCCACAGAGAGCAGUAUCGAUAGCCGGGCAAAUCCCCCUAAUACCAGGGACCAUGCUUCUCCCCUCUCCAAUCGAGAACCCCAUCCAAGAUUUCGCCCUGCAAACCACCCUCUCACUCCAAAACCUCCAACGCGUAGGCCUAGAAAUAGACGUCCAAUACUUCACCUCAGCAAUAGCCUACAUCCCCAUCUCCACCCCCCUCCCACACAACCUCCUCCCCCAAAUCCCCGCAAAAGCAUGGUCUCUCCUCCACCAAGCACCCAGCGACUCCGACUCCGACGAUGAAACAGCGCAGGAAGUCGACCUCUGGGAAUCAAAACACUACUCAGGCCUAGCCCACCACGGAGCCAUCUCCUCCGAAAGACUCCUCCCCGAUUUCUCGAUCCUCUCUUCGUUAUCUUCCUCAAACACCAUACCGCCGCUUUUCAUAGCGAUGGUCGAGGAACUCCCCAGACAGGCGGGCAUAGAAUGGCAUGCUCAUACAGGGAUCUCGGGUGGGACGGUGACGUUCCAUUCUACGAUUCAGAGGGCUGGGUUUGUGAUUUAUCAGUGUUCGUUUAGUGGCCGGUUGCGGGGUAUUGUUAGUGUGUUCCUUCCUCAAGGAGGUGUGAUGGUGGAUGAGAAGGUAGGUGAGGCGAUGAGGGAGUUGGGGUUUGAACGUGGUGAGAAGGAGGCGUAUACGAGUUACUAUGAUAUGUCUGUGACAGGGGGAAGGGAAGGGAAGAAGUUAGAGGGGGUUAUACCAUGCUCGAGACUUUGGGAUGGAGAAGGGAGGAGAUUGGGAGCUGUUUUGAUGUUUGACACUUUGAUGGAUGGGAAUUGA